AUGUCAAUACAGAUAAGUGAAAUGGUAUGGUAUGACUAUGAUGACAGAGAAAAACCAGUAGACCAAGCUUCCAGACUCUUAGAUAGAAUGGUAGAUUUAAAACAUCAAGUCGCUAAUGGAAGAUUUGAUGAUCAGUUUAAUUAUGGUCCUUAUCCAUUGGAUCCUUAUUUAAAAACAGGAAGAGGAAGUGAUGUAAAAACUCAACCAUUACAAGUUAAUGCCCCUGUUUAUAAUAAUUAUAGUGAUGUCAAGAAAGUGUUAAAUACAGUUAAUAAGAAAAUCUCUCAAUUAGAAUCUAAUCUUAAACAUGUGACACGAUUUCAAAAUGAAGAUGAACUAUCUUGUCUGGCUAAAGUUUUACAGGGUGAAAGUGAAGAUUUAGAACAGAAUAAGAUAAAAUCUAUGGUAGACAGAUUAAUAAAAUCUAAAAGAAAAAUAAUUGAGGAUGAUGUUCAGAGAGAAUUAUUAAAUGCAGAGUUAAAGAAACAGGAAUUGAUAGAGGCCAGUAAAAAACCAAGUACUAAAGAUUUAAAGAAAGUUGCUGUUGGUGGUAGAGUCACUCAGACGUAUCAAAGAAAACGUGAAACUACUAGAUUUACACAAGAUAAAGACAGAUCUGUUACUUCUAGACCUUAUGGAAAGAACUUGUUGCCUUCCAAUAUUGCUAGAGUUGGUAGGAGUGAACCUAUUACAAGUAAAGUUGAUAGUAAAACUGUUUAUAAAACAUUGAUCACACAAACUAAACAAUCUUCUAAAACACAACAACGUCAACAACCUGGCUACAGACAGCAACAGACAGUGCCAGUAAUAAAUAACAUCAUGCCAAUGGCAGUAGCAUUAUGUGAACCAAGAUAUCUACCAGGUAGAGCAGCUGGUGUAUUGUCCUGUGAACCAAUGGCUUGUAGUUCACCUUCCUCACAAACUCACCCUACUUCACUACCUAAUCUUUCUAAUAUACAAGAUACUACCUUUAUUGACCAGAUCAAUUCACCAUCAUUAUCACCAAGAUCUCCUUCACCCAAAUCACCAGGUUACCAUUCACCAACUCACAGUAUGGUAGAUAAUUACAGUGAUGUGGAAGGAACAGGAAUUAUUCUACCAGGAUAUCAACAUGAAGAAUAUAGACAACCACCUGAACCCAGUAGAGUAGUUUUUAAACCUCCUAACCUAGAGAGCUAUGAUCAGAAUCCUACGUCUGAUGUUAUAGCUAAUGAUAUACAUAGACAGAAUUUACUUCAAGAAAAGGCAUCACAGUGGUUAGAAAGUGAGCUCAUGGCUCAGGUUUUAUCUCAAGUAAAUCGUGGAGGUGAAGAGAAGAUACACCAUGAAUCUUCCUGGGGUACAGAUAACCAGUAUAACUAUAGAGAUCUGGUAAAUAAACAGCCUGGAGUUGAUCAGGACUCACAGUUAUCAGAUAAUAGUGCUACUCAAUCAGAGUCUGUUGAAGAAGAUUUACAGGAGAAAAUCCAGAAGAUAUUUAUUAGUGUUGGUCAACCAGUUAAUAGUAAAAUAGUAUCAACAUUGGUACAGGAAGCCUUAAUUGAUAGAAUACGUACGUUACUAGGUGAAUCACAACCUAGCACCUCUGGUACCAGACCUGAUAAAAAGACCACAGACUUGGAGGAAGUUAAAGAUGAUUAUGAUGAUGAUUUUGAAAGUGUAGAUUCACCUGAGCCUUCAAUGAAACACUUACCUACCCCUGAUUUGACACCGAUGUCCAGUCUGACUGAUUCUCCAGUAAGACAGGAUUCACCCCCACCACCUGCCACUAAACGGUCUCCUGUUCGAUCACCUAAACCUAGAGUACCUAGGCGACAGAAAGUAGAGGAGAUUGAUGAUUCUGAUGUUUAUAAUUCUAUGAUGAUGACUCGAGAGCCUGAACCAAAACAAUCUCCACAGCAACCAGUCACUGUACCCUCUCCCGAUAGUGACAGUGAUCCUUCCACUUCAUAUGAUAUAUCUCAAGAACUACGUAGACUAGCUGUGAAACCAGAAGAAAAAGCAGACUUUAUCAUUCAAUCCGUCCAUGAUGUAGAAACACCUGUACCCACUCCCCCUCCUAGAUCACCAACACCAGUACAGACUCUGCCUCAGUUUAUAGCCUCCCCACCCCCUCUUGUUUCCGUCCAACAUCCUACAUCAGUUCACCAUUCCAUAACUGAAGAACCCAGUUUCCAUGAUGUCAGUAGAAGACAAGAUCCUGAUGCUACAGGAACAUCUUUUAAUUUUAACCGAACUGGAAUUUCUGUAGAUAAUAUUCAGGAUGUUAGAAAAUCUACUACUAUAGUGAGAAUGUCUUCAACUACUGUCAGAGAUAGUAUAGAAGUACCUCAGCCUCAAGAAUCACCUAGACCUGUCCCACAACCUACAGUCAUACAUGUUGGAUCACCACAAGCUAUCAGUCCUGUACGAGAUCCUAGUUUAAUACCCAGUCCAGACCAGCGUAGUUCUCCCUCCACUAGUAUAACUGAUACUAUUAAUGAAUGUAUAUCAGAAGGACAAUGGUUAUUAAAUAGAAGUGAAGGACAAGUUGCUGAGAUUCCUAUAGAUCCAGUUGUGAUAGAGAAUAUUAAGUAUAAUCGUAUUGAUAUUAGUACAGCUAGUACCUUGAGAGAUACAGAAGAUCUAGAUUUAGAUGAUUUGGACAAUCUGAAAAGUGAAGGUGAAUUCAUCCAUUAUUCCUCAGUACCAGUUCAACAGGACAUCAACAGUCUGUUACAGAGACAACAGGAAUCAUAUACAAGAGAUCACGUCGAUGGACCAGGUUACCCUACUGAAUUGAAUGUCACAGAGAGUAUGGGAGAACUUAGUCUUGGACAGAUACAGUCUUCUAGAGUAGGGCAACCACGAUCUUUUCAGACCAAUGGGAAUACUUAUGCAUCUGAUGUAACGGAAGAAGAAGACAGUGGUCCCAGUAAAGUUAUUCGAGUAGGGGAGAGUCUACCUGGUACAAGUCAGAGAAACUUUAGUCGUCCACCUCUCAGUCAAACUGGACCUCAAUUCAGCACUUAUACAAGACAAUCUAGAGAUGAAAAUGGAACAUCCCGAGAUUCUACUAUGAAUUUAGAAGAUUUAGACAUCAGUAAAAGAAAAUUACCACCAUCUCGAAAAUGGAAUGAUAAACCUAAAACUACAACUUUCUCCCUAUCCCAUGAUUCAAUGAGAAGUAGUGGUGGCUUAGAGAUGACGGAAUCAGAGUUAGGUAGUGAGCGGUAUGGAGUGAGAGAAUCGCAGGAUUCCGACCGAUAUCGCCUUGGAGAUACUUUGGAUUCUGAUAGAUAUCGACUUGGAGAAUCAGCUGAUUCUGAUCGCUACAAGCACCAUGAUUUGUUAGAUUCUGACAGAUAUAAAUUCCGAAAAUCCAUGGAUUCAGAAAUGUCUGCCCAAACCAAUGAGGAUGAGUCUGAAGAACAAGAUCGUAAAGAUCCUAAAGGCCAUAGUGGACCAUACAGAAUGUCAGUGACUGUCCCUUCUGUUCAUCCCAUUUCAGAAGAUGAGGACAGUGAAGAGAUUUCAGAAAUUGAUGCUACAAUUUCAAAAUAAUAAACUAUUAGUUGUAGAAUAUUCAUAUGUAUUCAGAUGUUUCCAAAAGACCAAACAGUUCAAGCUUAUGUCAGUGGUCUGUUUUGCAAAAUAAACUGUUUCGAGACAGCACAAGGUGUUAAAUAAAUAAACCAAGUACCAAUUCUCUGAACUGUAAAAGGAGUUUGGAAUUUUGGCGAAACUUUAUUAAGUUAUUAAAUGGACAUUUUCAUGUAGGACACAUAUAUAUCAUUAAGCUAAGAAAGACUCAGUUGAGUUAGCUUUGUAUGUAUACUUAUUAUCAAUGAAAUAUAUUUUGUCAGAUAAGUUUUGAUAUUAUAGAAAUAUCUUAAAUGAAAUAUAAGUAUAUGUGUAAACUUGAAGCAUAUUUAAAUGAACAUCAUUGAUAUAGAACCUUAAAAGUAGUUGCCUAUCCUUUUGGACACUGUACAUUAUUAUAAGAUUAUUUAUUAUUAUGUUUUUAUGAUAUUUCCUUAUAUUUACAGUAAAAUUAGUAAC